AUGGAUAAAAACUGGAAUGAAGUUCGAAAAGCAGGUACUGAAGGUUUAAGAUUUACAUUUUACACACCGAAAAUAAUUGGAAGUGUUUUUAACAUUUGUUUUAUGCUUCAACAACCACCUGAAGUGAGAUAUUUAGCUGUUGAACUAUUAGAUAGGUUCUUUAUAUCACAUUUUUACAUAGUAGUUGACAUUUUUAAAAAUACAGAAAAUUUACAUUCCUCAGAAUGGGAAAUAAUUUUUAAUAGAAUGAUAAAUCAAUCUGUAUUGAGAAUGUUAUCAUGUAUUCAGUUAGCAAUUAAAUAUUCAAACAAUAAUUGUGUUAGUACCAUUCAUUCAUUCAUAAAAUUUACUUUUAAUCACUUAAAAAAUAAGAUACAAUAA